CACUGUAAUGGCUUUUCUCUUAGGGAGUUUUGUCUUCUGUAGAGGAGAUAGGACGUGUACAACUGGCGUCAUGCCGGUUAGGAAUCAAUAAAUGCCAUAAGGGAGAGGCAUCCUGUGCUGUAGGAAAUGAGGAGGGAGAAGGGAAAGGCUUGCGGGGAGGAAGUAGUUUUGAACUGGGCCUGGAAAGAUAGACGGAAUAUUUUAACUGAGCCAAUAGGCUACUUGGAAUCCUGUUUCUCGGCCAAGAAUGGUACUCCAAGGCAGCCAUCUGUUUGUAGCUAUUCGCGGGCCUGUUUGAGGAUUAGAAAGAACAUCUUUAAUAAUCCUGAGCAUUCCUUGAUGGGCCUAGAGCAGUUCUCUCAUGUUUGGAUUUUGUUUGUGUUUCACAAAAAUGGUCAUUUGAGCUGUAAGGCAAAAGUGCAGCCCCCGAGGCUGAAUGGUGCAAAGACUGGAGUUUUUUCCACAAGGAGCCCUCAUCGUCCCAAUGCAAUAGGACUGACCCUGGCCAAGCUGGACAAGGUAGAAGGUGGAGCUGUACACCUUUCUGGAAUUGACAUGAUCCAUGGCACACCUGUGUUGGACAUAAAGCCCUACAUAGCUGAUUAUGACUCACCACAAAAUAUGACAGAGCCUCCAGGGGACUUUAAUUUACAGAAUAACCAAUAUAAGCCAAAAACCGAUUCUCAGUCUGAUGGCAAGACUGAGAGCUGUGAGCAGCAACAGCUCUCAGGGUGUGACGAACCACAGCCCUACCAUAGCACUAAGGAGAGACCUAAGUGUCCUGAAGACAGAACUUCAGAAGAAAACUACCAGAAACACAAGGACACAGCAAAAAUCCAUCAAACUUUGCCUAAGCGCGGGGAUAUAGCAGUGGAUUUAGGUUUGGAAUCCAGAAGUGACCCAAGUCUGAGUGUGGCAGAAGAGCACAUUGGUCCAUAUGGCCUGGAGAAGAGCUUUUCUACGGAGCGUACAGAGAAGAAGCUGAGGAGAGAGGGAGGAGCCGCAGCUCCACAAGGAAGCAGUGCAGAGAUGCAGCCCAUGGCUCCUCACUGCCCUGCCAGAACGGCUGAUGGAGCCCCCCACAGCACGGUCCCCGUCUGGCUGCGGGAGGCCCCUGCGGCCACGUUGGAAGUCCGCUUUACUCCUCACGCAGAAAUGGACCUCACGCAGCUCGGUUCAGGAGGUGAACCAGGUGUUGGUCAGGCACCAUUUAAAUAUUUCCAGUCAGCAGAGGAAGCAAAGCGAGCCAUUGAGGCUGUGCUGUCAGCUGAUCCUCGGUCUGUGUAUCGCCGGAAGCUCUGCCAGGACCGCCUUUUCUACUUCACUGUAGACGUAGCACAUGUCACUUGCUGGUUUGGUGAUGGCUUUGCAGAGGUUCUAAGGAUCAAGCCAGCUUCUGAGCCUGUUCGGAUGACUAACCCUGUGGAGUCCCUGGUGUCUCUGGGCUCCUAAGGAACAGCCUCAGGGGCCAGCCUGAGGCUCACUCAGGAGAGUGUGGUGCUGAUAACACCAAGGCCACGGGUUCAGAUCCCUAUAUUGGGAUGGCC